AAACAGUGCACCACACAGACACUGUCUUGGGUACGCUGAAGUCGUUGCACGGUACCAAAUGACGAGUGUGCGGCGAAACGACCUGGGAACGCCAAUGUCCUGGGCGGAGAGUAGUCAAUCGGUCCUGAAGCUAAACAUCCGCCAUCUGUGGCUGUGUGGGGUGUGGCCGCUGCCUGGUUCUUCGGUAUUCUAUGCUUACGCCGCUUCUAUAUUCGGGUUGGGAGUCUGGAACGCGGUGGAAGGCCCCCUGGCUGUUUACUUCUGCUGGGGAGAUCUGCAGCAGACGACGAUGGUGUUCAUGAACACCUUCACCAACGGCAGUGGCCUUGUCAAAAUGGCAUUUUUCCUUCGUAACACACGGCAGUUCAAUUCCCUGGUCCGUCGCUUAGACGCACUGAUGUCGGAGCAGGUGGAAGCGUGUUCUACAGACGCUCCUCUGGGAGAAAUCUUGCAGGCAUCGCGCAGACGGGCUUUCCGCCUCUCCCUCGGUAUGGUGCUCUUCAUGGCGUCCCAAGGUCUCGUGUGGUUCCCCAUGCCACUCAUGGCUCACCCAGGCGAACGGCUGCUACCUUUCGUGCAGCAUUUCUGGGACAACAAUACAAACCACUACGAGCUUUCGUAUGUUGUCCAGUGCGUAGCAGGGCUAUGGAUGGCCGAAAUCAGCUUCGGCAUGGACUGUCUCUUCGCGUCCAUCAUGAUUCUGGCAGCAGCGCAGCUGGAGAUCCUCUCAGGACGCGUUCUUAAACUGGGACAGCUGUCCUGUUUUGCAGAUAAGAGCAACCCAGCCACGGACACAAUAUACAAAGAGUUGUGUCGCAUCGUCGAAAGUCAUCAAAAAAUUCUUAGAUUUGUAGCGCGCCUGCAAGACACUAUGAGUCCCAUCGCCAUGGCUCAGUUCGUAUGCAGCGUUCUUGUACUGUGCGUGACGUUAUUUCAGGCAACAUACAAUAAGGACAUCAUCACGUCUUUGAGUUCCAUGACCUUCCUUUCCAACCCGUGUGGACAAGUUUAUCUGUACUGCUGGGCGGCUCACAACGUAGCUGAGAAGGCAAAUGCAGUUUCUACGGCUGCAUACAGCUGUUCGUGGGUAGAGGGGAGUGCACGGUUCAACCGCGCCCUCAGGAUCCUCAUCACUCGCGCCCAGAAGCCCCUGGUUCUCACUGCUGGAAGUCUCUAUCCUAUAGAUAGGGCAGCCUUCCUCUCGCUGGUGAAUACAUCUUACUCAUACUAUGCCCUUCUUGGCCAAAUAAACAAUCGAUAGGCCAGGAGUUCGUGGAGGAUGGAUAGUAACACUGAUAUCAGUCGCUCUUCAGACACUUCACAUCAGCAAAAUGUGGUUCAAAAGUAUAAAAAUAUAUAAUACACCAACUGCAAAUGAAACUACAAUGC